AUGCCUUUUCUGCCAGAUUCACAUACAAGUACUGGGAAAUGUUCUUCUGAGCUGGACCGUGAUGCCCCCGAAGGAGUUUAUCUCGAAGAUUCAGGCGAUUACGAGGACGAAAUGCACAUACAACUGAGUGUUGCCGAAAUAAUCAUAUACAUGAAGCCAAAAAAUCGACCAUUUAUGGUACUUCUCGGUGCGGACAGUGAGAACGGGUCCUCGUGGAAACAAGGCAAGGUGGAGAACGGUUAUAUCUUCAACGACAAACGAGCAUCAUGA